CUGUAUUAUUGUGUUGUGCAUUAGCUGUACGUUGGUUUAAGUUGUAGCACUUUGCCUAACUUUAGCCUACUACCUACCGUUCCUCUACAAAACUGUCUGCUAAUGUUAUUGUUGACCAAUGAUUACUUCCCGUCGUCUGUGUUUGUACCAAAUAUACUGGAUGUAGGCCUCAGGCCUGCUCUCUAAGAAUGACCGAAAAACUGAAAACAAUGCAGACCCAGAGAGUAUGUUACUGUCUUACCUCGGAGAGGGGUGUAUGCUUUCCUUGCUGACAAAAAUAUAGAUCAGACGUGAGGCACAUAAAUUAAAUGAACUAUUUACAUUGAUAUUAAUGAUAUAGUGUACCAUUUAUUUGAGUAAUUAUGAUUAUAUUCUGAUGAAUAUUUAUCCUAAAGAAAAACAGAUAGAUGUUGUGUAGCCUAUAGCCAACUGAAUGUGCAGUCAGUAGCUUAUAGAAAUCCACACUUUAUGGUUAGCCUAGAGUGAAGCUCUGAUUUUGUAAGUGUUUUUUGUCUCUUCCCCCCCCAAGCAGGUCCAGAGUUUGAGGUGUGACAAUAAUGUUAUGGCCUAUCACAGAGAGUUCCAUGGCAUGUCACUGUGAGUGUGCACUUUCCUUUGAUUAGGAUUGGCUGCAUAAUAAAUCCGUUAAAAUCAUUGGUUUGUGGAAAAAUGGAUACUGAUAGAUUGUCUAGCCUAAGCAGAGUGUCUCCUCAGUUGGUAACGAGGUUGAAUUUCUGCAUUGAUCACACACUGAAAAUGUAUCCAUCGAUCACUCGCUGUACUUUAAAUCACAUUGGAUAAAAAAAUGUCUGCUAAGUGGCAUAUACUAUUAUAUUCCUUGACGGUGCCGGACCCAGUAGGUCGGCCUAUCAUGCACCGCUCAGCCUUCUGCCAGGCUACUGGAGAGGCUGUUUACCGUGAUGACAUCCCCAAGACGGACAAAGAGCUCCACCUGGUCCUGGUCACCAGCACCAGACCACACUCUAACAUCCUGACUGGUCGGGCCGUGCGUUGUGUUCGGGAGAGAGGAGAGGAAAUACUGAUCACUGGGGCCCGCCAACCUGUCCUGGGCAAACACCAGGUGGGCUUUAUGAACGAUGGGAGGAUAAUGGCUGCUGACCUACAAUAUUAUGCCAACUCUGGAAACACUGCAGAUGAGUCUUUGUUGAUCCGUGAGAUAAACAUGUACAAGGAGGUGUCCCUGACACAUUACAAGUUUGAGUUUGAUCCUAAGAACCUUCUGCGUUGCUGGGACGAAUGUAGGGAGAAGUCUGACUACUGCAAUAGACGGAAAUCCAUUGCCCAGUUUAACCAGCAGAACCGCUGGAAGAAGAGAGGCAUGGCCACGAUACCCAUUAAGUAUGGCAUCGCAUUCUCAGACGGCUUCCUUAACCAGGCUGCAUCUCUGGUACACAUCUACAAGGAUGGUUCUGAUUUAGUCAGUCAUGGGGGAACAGAGAUGGGCCAGGGAAUACACCCUAAAAUGCAACAAGAAGGUGGCGAGUACAGAGCUGCACAUCCCCGCCUCUCUCAUCCACAUCACAGAGACCAACACCAGUGCUGUACCCAACACCUGCCCCUCCGCCGCCUCCUUUGGCAAGGAUGCCAAUGGCAUGGCCUGUAAAGGAUGCCUGUGAGACCCUGUUCCAAAGACUUGAACCUGUCAGGAAACUGAACCCAGAAGGCACAUGGCAGACCUGGGUAUUUCCUAUUGAUGUCCACUUCCCAUGACAAAAUGUAUUUAAGUAGAACAGAGGGAUAUAAAUCAGUUCAUGAAUAUCGACAUGGUCCUAAAUGACCUGUUUGUGUUCUGAAAAAUAGGUGAACUAUAAGCAUUCAUCCAAAAGAUCAGUUUGUCAGCUACUGGAUACCUCAGAUUUCCAUGCAGACCGUACACAUAUUAGUUUAUAGAAGCCUUACAUACUGUCUUUUAUUUCACUAUUGCAGAUACAAAACCAUUGACUUUUAGGACUGUAGGGCCUAUGUGUAACAUAUGGCUACUGUUACCGAAUGUGGAAGAUACACAAAUCUUUAAUGUCUAUAUUUACAGUAGAUAGCAUUGUGUGUAUUUCUAACAACAUAAACUGCUGAUGUUAAUGUUGGACUGGGAGAAGCAGGAGGGUCAGCCGUGUGCCUACUACACCUACGGUGCCCGCUGCAGUGAGGUGGAGGUCGACUGUCUCACUGGAGACUACUGGGUAAACUCACUUACACAACCAGUACCUCUUGCAUGCAUUUACUAUUGUUACACACUUUACCUUUUAUCUUCAGUACUAGUCAGAUGGACAUACAGUAUUCACCAUUUCAUACUAUUAAAUAUGCAGAAUUUGACGUUUUCUUCUGCCCAUUUCUAGACUGUGAAGACAGACAUUGUUAUGGAUAUUGGAAGGAGCAUCAACCCAUCUGUAGACAUUGGCCAGAUUGAGGGCAUGCAGGGUUUGGGUCUGUACACCAUGGAGGAGCUGAAGUUCUCUCCCUCGGGAGUGUUGUACACACGUGGCCCGUCCCGCGAACCACUGCUUUUAAUCAGGGCAAGGUGUCUGGUAACAUGACCGAAUACAAACAGUGCAGCUAUUCCCUCCGCAAGGCUAUCAAACAAGCUAAGCGUCAGUACAGAGACAAAGUAGAAUCUCAAUUCAACGGCCCAGACACAAGAGGCAUGUGGCAGGGUCUACAGUCAAUCACGGACUACAAGAAGAAACCCAGCCCAGUCACGGACUAGGAUGUCUUGCUCACAGGCAGACUAAAUAACUUUUUGCCCGCUUUGAGGACAAUACAGUGCCACUGACACAGCCUGCAAUGAACACAUGCGGUCUCUCCUUCACUGCAACCGAGGUGAGUAAGACAUUUAAACGUGUUAACCCUCGCAAGGCUGCAGGCCCAGACGGCAUCCCCAGCCGCGCCCUCAGAGCAUGUGCAGACCAGCUGGCCGGUGUGUUUACGGACAUAUUCAAUCAAUCCCUAUACCAGUCUGCUGUUCCCACAUGCUUCAAGAGGGCCACCAUUGUUCCUGUUCCCAUGAAAGCUAAGGUAACUGAGCUA